AUGAAUAAGAUCAGUUGUUUUGUUUAAAUCUAUUCCUUUGAUGCUAAUGAUUAAAACUAGGAUUGUAUAAGUUUUGUUAUUAUUUUAGGUUGGAAUAUCACAAAUUUGCAAAUCGCAAUGUUCAGAACUUGCAACUUCGAAUUCAUUUUUGGUGGCCCCAAGAGUUUUGGAAUGAAUACUUAGAUUACAAGAUUUUUUAAUGACCUUGAUCCUCAUCACAUGUUGAAAAUUGAAAUAGAGCUAUGGAUGUAAUUUUGAUCUUUAACUUUUAGAAUAGAUAAAUGGACUUUAGAUUCAAUAAACAUUGAAAUUGAUAAUACUUUGUAUUUCUAAAAAGCUUAUCGACAUUCUGGUUUAUUCCCUGAUUAUUGUGGUACUGGGAGCUUGUAGGAUGAUGAUGAUGAUGAAUCUAUUUAUAAUGAUGAACUUGAUUCAAUAUAGUUUACAAUUCCUCAUACAAAAAGAAGUGCUUGGGUACAUAUUUAUACAUAAUAUAUAACUAAUGAGAAUGUAAAACUGAAAUUUUAUAAAAGUAAUCAUGGGGCAUUAAAACAUUUAAAUUAAGUAUAGAGAAAUGUCCAGAUGAAUGCCUUGCAUGUUCAGAUAAUGAAUAUCCAGAAUGUUUAAAAUGGCUCAAACAUACAUAAUCUUUUUAAUAAUCUUUAAUUAGUGGAUUUGAUUAAUGGGAUGAAUUGGGAUUUCCAUUAAAUAUUUGGUAAUCAGAUUAAUGCUCAAAUUGUGAUUAUAUUUAUGGUAUGAAAUUUAGAAGACGUCUAUAUUUGUAAAAAAAAUAAUAAAUCCUUUUAAGAUUAUUUAAAUUUGAUACAAAUAAUUUUUAAAUUUGCUUAAAUAAUAAUUAAUACAAAAUUAUUUACAAUUAAAAUGGGCAUAUAGAAAUUUUGAUAGAUGAUUGGAAAGGUUUAAUAUCAGAGAUUCUAAUUGAAUCCUUAUAAACGGAAUUAUAUAUAAGAGAUAUUGAUAUUUAUGUAGCCGAUUUUGAGGAAAAUUUUAUUGUCUCUUUCCUUCCUGGUUGCAUGUUUUUUAUUUAAGAAAUAUGUAAUUAAUGUUAUAAAGGUUGGAAUUUUAUUGAACUUAAUAAUAUUUGUUAACCAUAAUGUGGUGAUAAACUUAUAGUAGGAGAGGAAUAAUGUGAUGAUGGAAAUGAUAUAUCUUAUGAUGGAUGUUUUGAAUGUAAAUUUUAAUGUGAUCAAAACUGUCUUGUAUGUUAAUUUGGCAAAUGUUUGGAAUGUUUAAGCAAUUUUGAAUUAAAUGAUGAUUAUUAGUGUUUACCUGUUUGUGGAGAUUAAUUUUUAGUUCCAUAUACAAAAGAAAAAUGUGAUGAUGGUAAUAAUUUAGAAGGUGAUGGUUGCUAUAAUUGUAAUUUUGAAUGCGAUUAGGGUUGUAAUAUUUGUUAUUUGAAGAAAUGUUUAGAAUGUUAAAGAGGAUUUCAAUUAAUAGAUAAUUAAUGCAAUCCUUAAUGUGGAGAUAAGAUUGUAAUUAUUGAUUUUGAAGAUUGUGAUGAUGGUAAUUUAAUACCAUUUGAUGGAUGCUUUGAAUGCAAAUUCUAAUGUUUUGAAGGUUGCAUCAACUGUUAAGAAGGAAAAUGUAAUGAUGAUUAAUGUGAAUAAGGAUAUAGAUUAAUUGAAAAUGAAUGUGUUUCAAUUUGUGGUGAUUAAUAUGUCACUUUAUAAGAAGAGUGUGAUGAUAGUAAUAAUAUUGAAUAUGAUGGCUGUCACAAUUGUUAAUACUAAUGUCCUUUGAAUUGUUUUGAUUGUUAUUAAGGUUAAUGUCUUAUUUGUGAUCAAUAAUAUGAACUUAUAAAAACUGGUUAAUGUUAAGAAAUUACAAUUUUAUUUGAGGAAAAUGAUAUAGUUAUGUGUUAUGAUGGAAAUGAUUUACCGAAUGAUGGUUGUUAUAAUUUUAUGGUUGAAUUCAAUUGGGUAUGUUCAGAGUAUUCAAUAGAUAUUCUUAGUUAAUGUACUUUUAAUGUAAAUCCAAAAUUAAUACUUACAUUUUUAAAUUAUACAUCAGAUAUAUAAUAUGUAAGGAUUUAAUUUAAUGAAUAAGUUAUGA